ACCGGUACCAAUACCUGUUCUAUCCUUGACAUUCACAAAAAUGGGAAGGCUCAAUAUUAUGCAUUUGCUCCGAAAGCAGACUUGGGACAGAUGUUUUCCGUUGUUAGCUUCACCAAAUGGUUCUCUAAGUUCUGUUCGGUAUUCUUCUAAAAAUAGAUCAUACGCCACAUCCCAAAGAAGUAAUGAUUUUGAUGUGUGUAUCGUUGGAGGUGGGAUAGUUGGUCUUGCAACUGCUCAGGAGCUGAUCUGGAGGCAGCCGAAUCUUAAACUUGCCGUAGUGGAGAAAGAGUCUCAACUUUCUUUGCAUCAGAGUGGUCACAACAGUGGUGUUAUCCAUGCUGGGAUUUACUACACCCCUGGGUCUCUGAAGGCUAAACUCUGUGUAGAAGGUUUAGAAUUGGCCUACAAGUAUCUAGAUGAGCAUAAUCUUCCCUACAAAAGAUGUGGAAAGCUUAUUGUGGCACGUAAUGCAGAGGAAAUACCAAGACUAGAUGCACUGCAUGAAAGAGGACAGAAAAAUGGUGUGAAGGGACUAAGGAUCAUGAAUUCAGAUGAGAUCAGAGAAGUGGAACCAUAUUGCAAGGGUGUAAAGGCCAUCCAUUCUCCAAACACUGGGAUAGUUGACUGGGGCCAGGUUGCACAAUACUAUGGCAAGAACUUUGAGAGGCUUGGAGGCAGUAUCUUCACCAACUUUGAGGUUACAAACUUUGCCAUGACAACAGAAGGCAAAACUGGCUCAAAAGAAGGUUUACAACAUCCCGUGACCCUGCAAGCCAAGUCUGGUAAAUCACUGAGAUGCAGGUAUGUGGUGACCUGUGCUGGUCUUUACUCUGAUCGUGUAGCAGAGAUGUCUGGCUGUAGCAAGAUUCCAAGGAUUGUGCCUUUCAGGGGCGACUACCUCCUACUCAAAUCAGAAAAAAAUUACCUCGUAAAUGGCAAUAUCUAUCCAGUUCCCAACCCCAAGUUUCCAUUUCUCGGUGUACACUUCACUCCUCGAGUUGAUGGUAGUAUAUGGCUGGGUCCUAAUGCUGUUCUAGCACUGAAAAGAGAAGGUUACAACCUUCUUGAUUUUAGUUUGAAGGACAUGAUAGAUGCUGCCUCAUUUAGUGGUCUGAGAAAACUUGCCUUCCGCCAUCUUGGAUAUGGACUUGGAGAGAUGUACAGAGGAUUCAACUAUGCAGCUCAGGUCAAACUUCUUCAGGAGUACGUCCCUGAUCUCAAAGUCUCUGAUGUCACAAGGGGUCCCUCUGGAGUCAGAGCUCAGGCACUGGACACAGACGGCAACUUGGUGGACGACUUUGUCUUUGACAUCGGAGUUGGUGGAAUAGCAUCUAGGGUACUUCACGUCCGGAACGCUCCUUCCCCUGCGGCCACCUCCUCUCUCUCCAUAGCCAAGAUGGUUGUUGAUAAGGUGCAGGACACCUUUAAAAUAUGAAGCCCGGAGGAGACAGCAUGACAAGAUAUGCAAAUUUAUAUUGUUCAGACAUGAUGAGAAAAUUUGCCUAUCAACUAUAAGAGGCUUUUUCCAAAAAUUCAUGGACAAAGUGAUGGAAUCAUAUGAGUAUUUUUAUGAUACUGAAGAGAUUCUCCAACAGAGUUUUGAACAUGUCAUAUUUCAUAUAUUUUAAGGUCAAAUGUGUUGAUUCUUAUAAAGGGAUCCUUAUCUCAUGAUGUAGAGAUAGUACAGGUAAAAUUAGGCCCAAAGACAAAGUCAUUUUCAUUUUGCAAGGCUUUUUAUGGGAAAAAUAGUCAAGUUGAGGACACUAAAAUGCGACAUGCUCAAACAGGGUAUACAUGUUAUGCAACUAAUCAACAUAUUUCAUAUGUAUUUUGCUCUCAUUGUUGUAAUUAUGUUGCUACUGUGUCAAGUAUGCAGGGAAUAGCAAAAAUUGCAAAUACAUUGUAACUAAAGGUUUCAAAUUACUCAUUUCCAAAGUGGAACAUGCGUUACUCUUGGUGUCCACCUUGUUUUGGGGUAACAAAUGUUCCAAAGUGCAGCUAGAAUGUGGACUAGCAAAUGAGAUACCUUAGUAAAACUUCUUCAAUUUGAAGAACUCCUUGAAUAAUGGAUAAACAAUGAGAAAUUGCUUUCAAAAUCUACUAAAUGUAAUAAAUUCUGGGUACUAAAUUAGGGGAAAUAUUUGGUGUCCAUGGUAACACGUGUUCUGCAUCCAUAUACAGAAAUCUGUAUAGCACAAAGUUCUAUAAAAACAGAUUAAUAAAAUCAAUCCAAAAUAGAUUUUUUUAAAUGUGGCAGCCAUUUUCAUUUUGGUGUCCACGUUUGGACACUGUUUAACAAAUGUUCCACGCAUUUUCAGAGGUAGAAAAAAUCUGCGAAGAAAUUAACACAGCCAUGGUUUACUGGCAGAAUACAAUCAUAUGUAACCACAAACUAAAAACUUUGAAAUGUUGAACUUUUGCAUGAAGAAAUUUAGCUAAUUCUCUAACUCAUGUAAUAUUUGUUAUGGUGGACACCAAGCAUAAUUCAUAAAAAUGCAAAUAGAAACCCAUACAUAAGAAAAAAUUCAAAAUAUGUUCAUAUCAUUGGAGACCGCUUGAACUACCUCCCCUGGUUAUAUGGAUAUCUCAUGAAUGUUUAUUGAUAAAUUAGUGUGUUCAGAGCAUUUUAUGAAGGAAUUUAUAUUUUUAGUCUGAGGUUACACUUUCCCUCUCCAGUAUUGUAAAACUACUCAUAUUUGUGCAAACUUUAUGACAAUGUAAAUGGGUCUAUAUAUGUUUUUUUUUUUUUUUUUUUUUUUUAGCCAGAUGACAAAAUCAUGUCUCUUGACUCGGCAAACUAUUGUAGCCACAUAUCCUAUUUACAUUGUAAAUAAUAUGUUGCUUGGCUUUGUUGAUGAUAUCAUAUCAUGUCUGAACAUGCCUUCCGGAUCCUCAGAGAGAGAGAAUUUAAUGCUUUGUAUUUACACACCUAAUGUAAUCUUGAUUCACUUGCAAUGUAGAUGAAUCAAUUUUACAUUUAUUUUUGCAAGCAUAUUUUCAGCUUACCGGUAAUGAACAGAAGGACUUAAACUCAAAUACUAUGAUUUGAGAAAAGUGAUGUUCAUUCAUUUUCUACCAUGCAAAUGUACCUAGAUGUGAUAAAGUGAUAUUAUGCCUUUAAGAAAAAUUGAUGGAUUUAUGAUUUUCAGAAUCUGUAGGUAGGUGUUAUAGAUUAUAUUGGUAAUAGAAUUGCAGUGGCCAGAAGCUGAGUUUCGUCCUGUGUGCCAACAUUUGAUUUUUUAGAUAGAAAAGUUACACACUGCCAUACAACUCAAAAUAUACAUUUACUCCACGUAGAUAUGGAUGAAUGUUUGAUAUUUUAGUGUAAUGCUAAUUGUUUUUCUUUUGUCUGCCUUGUCCAUAUUGAUUCCAUGGAUAAACAGAAAAUAGGAGAAAUUUGUCUGUUGUCAAAGGUGAUUUAUUUGGAAUAUGAAUGUCAACAAAAGUCAUGAAUCAUUUGUGGCAACGUUUUUAUUUUUGAUAAAAUAUAGAAAUGGUUUGCAAAUAUUUUGUGAAUCCUGUUUAUAAUUGACCUUCAUAACCACCUUGUAUACAAGGCAAAAAUUUGAGCCUAAAGUAUGAUGGAGAUAUAGUGUUUGAAGACCAUUUUAUAGCAUUUACAUCCUUUAAAAAUUAUUUGCCUCUGGCCAUAUCAGAUAUGGCUGAAUUCUGAUUCCAUCUCUGUGUCUCACUAUGAACUAAGAUAAUGAUAUUGGGCAAACAAUAUGAAUUUCAUUGACAAUAAUAGGUGAAAAAAAUCUCAAACUCAAUCUGAAAUACAAAUGAAUUUCAUUAAAUGAAAUGUUUUUCUUUUGUGAAAGAAAUGAAGUGAAAUAUAUCUAUAGAAGUCUUCUUUGAGUCUUAGACUGCUCUGACUUGCAGGAAGACGAAAAAAAUUGUGGCAAAAUUUUAUUGUGGCAUUGGUAAAAAAAACUUACCUACAUAUAGUCUUACAAAUACAGAUGUAAGCUGUACCUCAUGAAAAUGGAAAAUGCACUUAAUAUUAUUAAACAAUUGUAUUUUAUACUGUACAUUAAAUAGCUUUUAUCCGAUGUAUGUU